GCAGCACCACCAGAGAGCAGCGACAGCCGCCUUGCUUCGGCUCGAGCCCAGGCAAGAGCGCUCUUUCCCCGCGCAAGUUUCGACCAGCCUCGUCCCGACGACGCUUUUGCGCGUUUGUUCUUUGGCCGUGUAACUCUCCGAGCGCUGGGAGGGGGAAAGGAGAGCCGAAGGCGGGGAGAGGAACAGCAAAAUGAUGCUCCAACACCCAGGUCAGGUGUCUGCUUCAGAGGUCAGCGCCUCCGCGAUCGUCCCAUGCUUGUCUCCUGCAGUGUCACUUGGUUUCGAAGACUUCACUAAUCUAACUCCUUUGGUGAAGGAAGAAUUAAGAUUUGCCAUCCAGAAUAAGCGCCUGGCCCACAGGAUGUCCUCUACCUUGGACACAGUCAUGGUUUCUGAUAGACCCGGUGAAAUGUCCUAUUUAAAAGCAGAGUGUGUGCCUGAAGAAGAUGAAAGGAAAAAACGGCGAAGAGAGAGAAACAAGAUUGCAGCCGCAAAGUGUCGAAACAAAAAGAAGGAGAAAACAGAAUGUCUGCAGAAAGAAUCGGCAAAACUGGAAACCAUCAACGCAGAACUGAAGGCUCAGAUCGAGGAGCUGAAGAACGAAAAGCAGCACUUGAUCUACAUGCUCAACCUCCACAGGCCCACGUGCAUUGUCCGGGCCCAGAACGGCCGGACGCCAGAGGAUGAGCGGAACCUCUUCAUUCAGCAGAUCAAAGAAGGAACCUUGCAAGGCUAAGUGACGAUGCGAAAGUGCCCAGAAUGAGGGCCGGCCUUUUAACACCCAAACAAAAACAAUACCAAAAGAAAAGCCCCAAGCCUUAGAGAAGCAUUCUUGGCAUUUGUGGUCUCCUGCAGAGGGGGUGAUGUGGCUAAGAAGGGAAGGCUGUGGUUAGCUUAGCUGUGGUUCUCCCUGCUGAAAAAAGACUCGGCGGGAUUAAAGAGGAGACCCGUCCCUGCGUUCGCUUCAGGUCUAAGUAUCUGCCAUACUUGCUAUUCCUAGAAGCCGUACUCACGACAGCUACAGAUGUGUUUAGCCCCGGCUGGCUUGAGGUCCGUGCACUUUGAGUUAUUUCUGAUAGAACGCUACAACUCUCAGUGAUGUGCGCCUUAGGGCCAACCAGACGGAACGGAGCUCAGCCGUCCUCGAGUCGGGUAGGCAAUGUGGACGGAGCGACUCGUUUUUGUUUGCUUGUUUCACUCUGUAUUUUCAAAAAGAAGGAGGUUUGCAACUUCCAGAAGUGCUGCUUUUGAUUUCGAAAGGCAUUGCAAUAUAACGGGAAUUACUGCGUUUCGACAAUGUGCUCUCCCCACUUUUUAAAAUGUUAUUGUUAUUGUUGUUUUCACAGAAACCGUACUGUGGGGGUGGUGUUUUUUGUUGAUGACUCAUGUUAGAGGGAAAUUGUGGGAUGAUAUGACAGGCAUCAGCUUCUUGAAGAACUGCUUAUUCAACUGAGUCUGAAUUUAUCAAGCUGGAGCAUUAGGCCUUCUCUAUACCUGCCUUGGCUUUUAUUAAAAAAGAAAAAGAAAAAAGGAAGGGAAAUUCCCCUGUGAGAACCCAAUAUGUGAGUCAUCCACACAGUAUUUAAAUGAACAUGACAAUAUACAAAACAGUGACAUGCUAACGCCAGACUUGAACUGAAUGGCCCCAUUUGAUUUGCGGUUCACCAUAACUUGGAUUCUCGGCCUCAGGUUCCUUCCUUGGCUACAGCUUUUUCCGAGCAAGAGCCGUUGGUGGCUGUCCAUUUGCAUACGUUAAUGUAUGCAUUCACUGCAGGUAUAUGCAAAAUGUGCCUCAUGACUAACUCUGUGGCUGGGCGAGGAAAAGAGAUUGAAAACGUAGCCUGUUAGGGCUGUCAGCUUCUUAGCGUGCCACCCUAUGCAUAUUUAGACAGAAAAAAAGUCCUACAACUUUCAGCAUUCCCCAGCCAGCCAGCUAGAAAAAAGCUCCCAGCAUGGUGGCUGAGGAAUUCGGGGGGUUGUAGGGCUUUUUAUUUUUUUACUAUUUAAACAUGCAUAGGAUUGCACCCUUCAUAGCUUAACCACAGGCCUGGGAAGUGAAAUGCCUUCCAUCAUUGUACUGAGAGCCAGUGUGGUGUAGUGGUUAGAGCAACCACCCCAACCUGGUGCUCACCAAAUGUGUUGGACAAGGACUCCCAUCACCUUCAGCCAAGCUGAGUGGUCAAUGAUUGGCUGGGGGUGAUGGGGCAUUGCAGUCUGGGUUCUUGUCCAACUUGGCUGCUGGAGCUAAGAACUGACUUUGAGUGCAAACUGCAAAACUAGAUCCCAAGUCAUAACAAGAGUGGUCUGCAACUCUUACCGAAAGCUUUUAAAUCUACACACAUAUGAGUUCUCUUGAGUUUUCACAAGCAGUCAGUGGGCUUCACUGGAUGAGUAUUUGCAGAUCCCUUACUGUCACUCCACCAGGUUUAAUUCCCGUUGGUAAAUGACAUACAUAAGAGAAAGGUUUCCAAUUGCUGCUUUCUCUGUUCAAAGCUGGCCCCAACAUUAGUCUGAGUGAGGCAACUUCCUCAGGUGGCAGAUGCUGGGGUGGGUGGGGCAGUGGAGGCAGCCUCCUGGCUGUCCCUCAUGAAUUCUCUGUUUGUUCCCCUCAUUUGGAGGACAGAGCUGUGUACACUACACAAUCUGUCCUGGGCCCACUAAACUAGCCUGCUGCCUUGGGUGUAAAGGAGGUUAUCCCAUUUCCAGAGCUGAGGUAAUUCAGCUGCCAAUCCACUCAGCUUCUGUAUGUUGACUGGGGAGGGGACACCAUCUUGUUUUUUGUCUUAGGCAGCAAAAUAUCUUGGUCUGGCCAAUUGGGUCUGGCAGCAGUUGGGUCUAAAUAUUAUGGCAGAUGUUUAACAUUCUAGUGACUUGCUUUUGUGAUACCCAUGAAACUGGUAGAUUGUAGCAUUGAAAAGUUGAAAUUCUAGAUUUCAAAUUUUGACAACUAAAGAAAAAAAUGGUUUGUUUUCAAAACCUAGUUUAUUUUACUCAAAUGACUCCCCACAAAAGUUCAAUUUGCCCUCUACAACAAGCUCCACCCUGAAUUCAGACAUUGAAUUUUGAAACCGAAGUGAGGAUUUUAAUUUUGCAAAUAAGAUUUAUGUGGGCCAAUUUAGUAAGAAUUCCCCUACUUUCCCUAAUUCUUUUCGGUUCUGUUAUGAUGUGUUUUUUUUUUAAUCUGCUUAAAUGUAAUGACACAAUCAGUGCAGUAGACAAAGGAACUUGCAGUACAAAAUCCUGUAUCCAACCCGUUUAUCCAACCCGUUUUACACACACACACACACAAACAAUACCUCAGAACAGUAAUGUCUAAAAUUUAGACCUUGAAUCUCUGACUAAUACACUUGAAUCUGCUGCCUGUUCUAUCUUGCUUUGGUUUUUUUAAUAUUCUGCAACAGAACUACUUAAUGAGCUUUUUGCAAUCUGGAUAUAUUGUAAUGUCCAAUGCUGUGUUUUUAAAAUGUAUACAGUAUUUCAUGUAACAAAAACGGAAGGAAAUGGGCCAAAUUCUGUUUCAUUAGAGAAUGAUUUAUUUUUUCUUCCUGCAAAGUAAAUCCACUUUGCCAUCUUUUGAGCUGUCCCUCAUACCAUGUUGGAUGACAGGUCCCAAUAAUGGCCUCUGCCUCGACUGUGCAAUGUAUAAAGGGUGUGUGAGAGAUAAUUUUCUAUAUAGUUACGUGCAAUUUGCUAACAAGACCCUUAUUGAAACGUUUUUAAUGUGGGUUUCUGUCAGGAUGAAUCUAUCAUACUGCCAUUUAUUGUGAAUAUAAUGGGCUGGAACCAAAGAACUGGGAGCAGAAGGACAGUAGCAGCUAGCACUAUUCUCCAAACACUAGGAGAAGUGUUUUCAUAGUACUAUCAUAGGUUCUGUUCCUAGGGUGGCCCAGUAUUCUACGUUACAGAGUAUGGUCCUCUAUUUAAAAGGCUCUCCAGUCCAAGUCCAGUUUAAAGAAGGGAAAAGAAAGGAAAUCAGGGGCCUUGAAGUUGUCCACCACUAACAAGACUGGGACAGCAGACUGAGGCCUAAUCUACACCAAGCAGGAUAUUCCACUACAAAAGUGGUAUAUAAAGGGCAGGAGUCACACCAAGCAGGAUAUAGCAUUAUGAAAGCGGUAUGUGGUAUGUGUCAAUGGGCCCCAACAGUUGUCAGUGCACUUCAAUACCACUAUAAAGCAAUAGUGUGGCUCCUGCUUUUUAUUUACCGCUUUCAUAGUGUAAUACACUGCUUGGUAUAAAUUAGGCCUGAGCAAGCAACACGACCCCACCAUGAGGAAAUAUAUCACAUUUCUUUUUAAAUUAUAGUAAUUAUUAUAUCCGAAUUUGCAUUGUUACAUAUAAAGUAGCGCAUGCAAAUCUGUGCCAUCUUUUGUCUGCUUCUUUGGGGUGGGGAUAGUGAUGCAUUCAUUCCCUCUUUUGGGGAGAUGCCCAAUCAAACACUGUCUUCCUGUUUAUGUAAACUGGUCAGCAAGUGGAAGGCCACCUUUGGAUUGAGCUUCCCUUUGCUCCUGGAAUGUGCCGGCGAGCUGAGAAUAAUAAUAUUUUGUUGUUAAUGUUGUUUUAUCUAUCUAUAUAUUGUCACCAGUGCACCCAACCCAGUUGUUCUGCUUUAGAGCUGAGGAACAGGCCUUCAGUGAGCCAAAGGCCCCUUCCGCAUGUGGAAGGGCUGCUCUGGAUCGAACCCCUUGUCUGUGGCAUUAAGGGGCUGUCAACACUAGCUGGAUAUGGUACCUACAAAUGCCCUAUGCUGUAUCCAAGUCCCUGCUGCUUUGUCCGUAUAUUUCAGAUGUUUCCAAAAGCAACCCAAGCAAAUAAACAUUAAAAACUAGGCUCUUGACGCUGUUAUAUAUGCAUCAUGUAGACCGCCUUUGUUAAGCCUCAUCACAGAUCUGAUGUUUCUCCUUGAGGAAUUUUUUAUAUUGCUGUCCUGUAUCUUAUUUAAAAUGACGCAGGCGUCAUGCUGCUGCUGCUACCGUUGCCGCUUCAAGUUAAAGAGACUUGUUGUUAACUAGCAUGCCAAAUGUUUACUACAGCACCGCUACUUUUGUCAAAGAUAAUCUUUGUCCUGCUGUGGCUGCUUCCUCUGUGUGUGUGUGUGUGUGUGUGUGUGCGCGCGCGCGUGUGUGUGUUUGCGUGUGACUCCGUGUGAGUGUGCGUGUAUCUCCAGGUGGUACGACAGUACAUAUUUGCACUGCUUGGGAGAAGCAAUGGACAGAGGGGCUGGGUGCAGCACUUCAAGUUCUUGCUGUAGUCCUGAGAAUCCCUGUGUUCUGGUAGCUCUGUGGCAGGGAGAAUUUCAGUGGCUGCAACCUCGCCUGUCUGUGGAGACAGGUGGAAUGAGGGUUGCAGCAGAAUUUCCUCCUGCUAAGCAGGGCACAGGGGAACUCCUUUAAGGCCAUUUGAAACUGGUUGGGAGACUAGUUGAAUAGGAGACCUGCAUGGAUGGAUGUAACUGGGUGUUCCCCCCUCUGAACAUUUAAUAAUGCAGUAGAGGCAAUUUGUUUUCUAUUCUUAAGUUUUAUGUUUUGAUACUUUAAUAAUAAAAAUAAGACUAAUA